UCACAGAGGUUUAGAUCCGGUUCAGGUUGACCCGUUCUAAAUUCAAAAUCCUUGGUUCUCUUCUUAUGAUACCAAGCUCGGUUUGUUUAAAAUUUAAGCUUUUUAAAAAUAAAAAAAAAACAUUUUGUACAACUAAAACUUUAGUUAUUGAUAAAAAAAAACCUUAGUUAUUGAUAAAAAAAAUUAAACUUUAGUUAAAUCACUUAAGCUAUUAUUAUUUACGAAAAUACUUAAAACUUAGUUAUAAAUCCAAAAACCAAAAUUCUUUUAAAAAUAUAUUAGAAAAGUAAACAUGACAUUGCAUCAUUAACGUUCGCAUUUGUCCCCACUUGGCUAAUGCUAAACCUCAACUUCAGGUAAAAUCCAAUUUAUGCAUGGUGUCCAAAAAUAGUAACCUAUUUGAGAUUCAUCAACCUGUGGUUCAGCUCUGUUUGCUUUACGUACUUGUUAUUUACAUUACAAUAAAGUACUAAAAUUCCGGAAUGGAACUUUAUGUUUGCUUUAGAAAUCUGAAAUUGGGUCUAUCAAAGUUCGAACACAUCAUCCAUGUUUCUUGAUUUUUCCCAUAGAAGAUUGGACUCAGAGCUAUAGAAACUAAUAUAUUUAUCAAAAUGCCGUGUUUAGAUACUCACUAUUGGAAUUUCACUGGUCUCAUAGGCGCAUUUCUGAAUCUCUCCAUAGCUUAUUUGCUUCUAUGUACAUCUCUUUGUAUUCAUCUCUUGUUGAGAUUUCUAGGGUUUCUAGGUUUUUCUCUUCCAAAAUUUCACAAUGGACGUUUCGGUGAUUCAAACAUUAUGUGGAAAUGCCUCCACGAAGACCUUCUGGUGGAUCGUGCAUCAGAGAGAAUCUCAGCUGUAGAUCGAUCGAUAAAAAGCAAAAUCCCUUUUGGUUCGAUUACUAGUGACGAUGAUUCGAACCGGUUUGUUGAGUUAAAGCUGGUGAGAAAGAACAGUGGUGAUAUAAGUAAUGCUAGAGUUAAAGAUGAAACAGAGGAUUUGUCAAGAGAAGAACCAAAUGUGAUUAACAACAAGGAACUUGGUAGAUUUGAUCUGAUGACCGUUCAGGGCAUGAAAGGCAAACGUUUUGUUACACGAAGAUCAAGAAACGGUCUUAAAAACCAUAGGAGAGGUCGUGUAAAUUGUGCAAGUCUUAGAUCGGUUUCUUCAUCAGAAGCCUUUGAUGAGACCGCAAAAACCCAUUUGAUGCAGCCUUAUGAUGUCUUCACCAGAGCUACAGAUGAGACAUGUUCCAAUGAUGACCAAAAAGAUUGUGUAAAGGCAGGAGAGGGGACUAAUCUAUCUCUUUGGCCGGAAUUUGAGAAAACUGUAUCAGUUAAUGAACAGGUAAAGUCCAAUUCAUCAGCAGAUCAGUCUUUUGUCAGAAAUGCAGAGGAAAACUCUGUUAGGGAUUUAGAAGAAUUAUUGAAAGAAGAGCGAGCUGCUCGAGCAGCGGUUUGCGUUGAGCUUGACAAAGAGAGAAACGCUGCAGCAUCCGCAGCGGAUGAAGCAAUGGCGAUGAUACAUAGGCUGCAAGAUGAGAAGGCGGCUAUUGAAAUGGAAGCGAGGCAAUUCCAGAGAAUGGUUGAAGAGAAAUCGACUUUUGAUGCUGAAGAGAUGGUCAUACUCAAAGACAUUUUGAUACGGCGUGAGAGGGAAAAACAUUUCUUGGAGAAAGAAGUUGAAGCUUAUAGACAACUACUCGAGGAAACAGAGGAAUUGGAAUGUUCUUUAACAAAAGAGAAGAAUGUUCCAGAACCGGAACACAAACAAAAUCAAGAUUCUCAAGAGAGAAGAGCUUUGCUCGUUCAAGAACUUGAUGGAACGGUUCUUGAUAUGCCUUAUAGAGAAGAAGAAAACAGAGAUAAAAGCAGAGAUCUGUAUAAAUCAGAUUCAGAAGUCGCUUAUUCACGCGUACGUGAUGUUUAUAUGGUGAAGGAUGAAACAGAUAACAUUAGUAAGAAGAAGAACCUAGAAGAAUCCUCUGUUAGCAAACCUAAAGAAUCGUUGGAGGAAAAUAGUAUCAUUGUCUCGGGGAUUGCUCGAAAGCUUCCUCCAUUAUGUCGUCCACGCAAGAAGUCUCUGAGCUCUUCAGGUUCAAGGAGAAAAUCAAUGUCUGCGGUUGAUUAUGAGAGGUUAAAGAUUGAGAAUGAAGUGGAAUUGUUAAGAGAAAGAUUAAAGGCUGUUCAAGAGGAAAGAGAGGAGCUUACGAGACGAGCAUCUUUGCCUCCUUUACCAUCAAAGGUUAGGGCUACGUCAGAGAGGCGAAGUUGGAGAAGAUCUUCUUCCAUGGACCUUCACUCUUCCUGAAGCCUUUUUAAUUUUAUGCACGUAGAUACAUACAUGUUGUGUAUGUAUAGGAUACAGUAUCCGGUUACUUUCGAGCCAUCCCUGUAGAGAAUGCUUGGAUCGCAAGUCAACCCUUUGGGAUGUAUUUCUCUUGUUUUUCAAACUUCUUUGCGGUCUUUGUGUAUAGAAAAUACACACAUGCAUGUGUACAUUUGUUUGCUUGCUUUUUGUUCGUUUAUAUCGACAAUAAUUCUUGUG